CAUCAAUCAAGAAGAAAUAAAUUAUAGUUUUUUUUUUUUGAAAAGAAAAGAAAAAUUAUUGUUUCAAGCAAAGAUUUUGUGACGAUUAUAUUUUCAUUGUCGGCAGCAUGGGUGACCUCCAUGUUUUCUUCUUCCCCUUCAUGGCUCAUGGCCACAUGAUUCCUACUCUUGAUAUGGCUAAGCUCUUCGCUUCUCGUGGCGUCAAGGCAACCAUAAUCACCACCCCUGCAAACCAACCCGUUUUCUCCAAAGCCGUAGAAAAGUAUACGCAGUUGGGGUUCCAAAUGGAGAUUCGUUUGCUGGAAUUCCCGGCCGUCGAGGUUGGCUUGCCGGAAGAUUGCGAGAGCGCCGACAAAAUCCCCUCCGUCGACGGACUCCCCAGGUUCCACAAGGCCUGCGCUAUGCUCCAACCACCUCUUGAACACCUCUUACAAGAGCUCCGUCCAAAUUGCCUCGUCGCCGAUAUGUUUUUCCCCUGGGCUACAGAGGCGGCGGCCAAGUUUGAUAUCCCAAGAUUGAUCUUUCACGGAUCCAGCUACUUGGCCAUGUGUGCUAUGAACAGCCUUAGAACUCACAAGCCUUUCAACCAUGUUUCAUCUGAUUCUGAACUUUUUACGAUUCCCAAUCUUCCUCACGAGCUCAAACUCACCAGAUUGCAAGUUUCUCCUAUGGAACGCAGCAAACUUGAAACCCCCACCCCCUUCUCAGAAAUCUUCAAACGCGUUUUUGAAUCAGAGGAUACAAGCUAUGGUGUAAUAUUCAACAGCUUCUAUGAGCUGGAACCGGAUUAUGCAGAGCAUUACAAGAAUGUUCUGGGUAGAAGAGCAUGGUCAGUUGGGCCUCUUUCCCUUUUCAACACGGACGCAGAAGAUAAAGCUGAAAGAGGGAAGAAAUCGUCAAUCAACGAGCAUGAAUGCCUGAAAUGGCUGGAUUCCAAGAACCCCCAUUCCGUGGUUUACAUUUGUUUCGGAAGCACUGCAAACUUCGCUCCAUCUCAGCUCCACGAAAUGGCUAUGGGGAUCGAGGAUUCAGGGCUGGACUUCGUGUGGGUGAUCCGAAACAAGAGAGAAGAAGAGAAAUGGAUGCCGGAAGGAUUCGAGGAGAGAACCAAAGGGAAAGGAUUGAUCAUUCGAGGCUGGGCUCCCCAAGUUCUGAUUCUUGACCACCCAGCCGUGGGGGCAUUCGUGACCCACUGCGGAUGGAACUCGACUCUAGAAGGAGUGUGUGCAGGUGUGCCAUUUGUAACAUGGCCCUUAUUCGCGGAUCAGUUCUUGAAUGAAAAACUGAUGACUGAUAUUUUACGGACCGGAAGCGGAGUUGGGUCGAAAGAGUGGAAGAGUGCAGACUGUGAUGGUGUGAAGAGGGAAGCCAUUGCAGAGGCAAUGAAGAAGGUGAUGAUCGGUGAAGAAUCGGAGGAGAUGAGGAGCAGAGUAAAGGCAAUGAAAGACAAGGCAAAGAAGGCAAUCGAGGAAGGAGGAUCAUCUUACUUGGGGUUGAGCUCUUUGUUGGAUGAACUCAGAGCUUACCAUGCAAAACAUUGACUACAUGGAUUCAAUGCAUACACCACAGCUCCACAUGUUCCUAAAACAUUCAGUUUACCUGUCUGGUUUUCUCAAUUCUUUCUGCAUUUUCUUUUCUUCACAGCCUUGAACCUGUG